ACACUCUCCCUGCAUGUGUGUCCGCUCGCUGCAGCUCCGGUGUCGGGCAAAUCCUCUCACUGCUGCACUUCAGCCAAUGUGGAACAACUCGUCUGCAGCCGGCCGCCUCGCAUGGCUCCUAAAGAAGCGGAUAUGCCCCAGUGCCACGGGAGACUGACGCCUUCACUGUCUUCCUCUCCUCCGCUAAUGGUCCUCUCAGGGAGUUAUGGUCAGUAAGGAGGCAGGCCGCUGCACUCUGUCAAGUUCAGAGUCUGACUCAGAGUUCGGUGGUCCUUCACUGGAGUGGAGUGGAGCAGACACGGUACGCAAGCGAAACAAAGCCCUGCAGGUGCAUUUUAAAGACAUCUGUGAGGCACAGAAUGAGGCCGCCCACCGAGGUGCCAGAGACCGCUCCGUUUCCUGCAAGGUCAUCCACCGGAGGUACAUGACCAUGCCGGCUCGCCGCUCCAUCCCGAACGUCACCAAGAGCACGGGCGUACAAACCUCGCCCGAUUUGAAAAAGCGCUACCAGACUUUCCCCUUUGAGCGCAAGAAGGGAAACGUCAUCAAACACACUGCUCUAGUGGAGAAUUACCCGGAUCAAAACAAUGGCUUUUUGAGUGACGUGAAGGGCGUGGAAAGGGGGACAAGGUGCGAAGGACAGGUGCAGCAGACCCGGGUGUUGCUCCACACUACGCCGCAGUGCAGCGAUGCUAAGGACUUGUGUGCUGGGCUGGACUGUUCGGAUGGGAAACUCUGCCCUGAUCUGUCAGACUCGGUUUUGGAUCAGUCAGACUUAAGGAGGGACACCAACGUCCCGGGGAGUGGGGCCAAGCGCAAAGGAUUACCCAGUGAAAGCGAGGCAGGGGCAGGCCAGCAGCCCAACUGUGCCUCCUCGACCACGCCGACUCAACCUCUGCAGGUCAGGGGUGACUGUUCAAAGAUUUCUGGCCCUAUUGCAUGGACAUCUUUGACACAAGUGGAAUGCCCGGAGAGCCCCUCAGGGAGCUGCAAACGCAAAAAAGACACGGCACAGCUGAACGGAUUGCAGGCGCAGUCUCAGGCUUUGCCUCAUUCGGCGAGUUGCGCUUCCCAGGCUCACUGUCACAGUAGCCAAAACUCGGGCACUGCAGAGACCCGGCAGGGCAUGCAGGGGCAGCUGAUUGCUCUCCCCGUGGCCGAUGGGAAUGCGAAAGCCAGGCUUCAAGCCAUGGAGGCUCUGAUCAACUCCAGUCAAGAAACCAUCAAAGUGCUGCUGGGGGUCAUUCAGGAGUUGGAAAGAGGAGAAGCACAGCGAGAGGGAGUUUGGAGAAUCUGCCACUCGCUGAUCGGAACUUAAAGAAAAGUUGUUUUGAUUUCAGUUUGUAAACGCAAAUGGGAAAUACGGUACAGUAUAAAGGAAGCCUUGCAAAAAAGUUGGUAGCGCCACAUGUAUCUGUUCACACUUCACAGUCUACAUCUAUCACACUGUAUAGGGAUGCACCAGUUUGAACA